UCAUCCUUUAAAUACCCUCAACUUCUUUCCUCCAUUACAAACCAAUCUUACAAGUGUAAGACAAGCAAAAGAAGAAGAACAAAAAUAUCAUUUCCUCUAGAAAAUAAAUAUCAAAAAUGGAAGCUUCUAUCCCAAAGAGAGACUUAUACACAGAAAUGGAACAAAACGCUCAAGUCGCAGCCAAGAGGCUUUGGAAAGUCGUGAGGAUCGUGUUCUGCGUUUUGAAAACCGGUACGGUCAAAAGCAAGCUCAUGCUUGACUUAAACCUAAUGCUCAAGAGAGGCAACAAAGCCAUCACUAACCUCCGCCGCCGUCGUUCUAGCUUCACCGGCGGUGCUGACGUUACCUCCUCCGCACGCGUCCGUGACUACGAGUUCAGCUGCAGCAACACCCCAGCGAAUGACCCUUUUGCGUAUAUGUGCAAACGCAAACGCCGCGUCCACGGCGGUUGUGACAAUGAAGACGCUGUGACGGAAGCGGUUAAGAAGGUUUUUGAGUUGUUGGGAGAAAAUGAUACAAGUGCGGCCGCGGCUGGAGAGUCGCCAAAAGUGGCGUUUCCGGCGGUGAGGCAGCUUAGAGUGACGGAUUCGCCGUUUCCGUUAGAGGACGGUGGAGACCAUGAUCACGUGGUGGAUAAAGCGGCGGAAGAGUUUAUAAAAAAGUUUUAUAAGAAUCUUAAGUUGCAAAAGAAGAUGGGGAACGCGUUAGAGUCGCCAUUCCACGACGGAUGGGUUAGGUGAUACGUGCGUUUAGAGACCAACGCGGUUGCUUGAGACAUAUAUGAAAUAAUAUGGGAAAUAUUGGGUGGAACGUGCGGUGAUUUUCAAGUUUUCUUUUCAGAUAUAUUCCCUUCGAGUGUUGUUGUAUACUUGAAUUUGACUUAUGUUUAUCUCUUCGGUAGAAGAUGUAAACAUGACUAUGUAAAUAUUUUCUUAUCAUAGUGAAAAAAAUACUAUAUUAGUGGGUUUAUCAAAUCCAUAUUAUAACGUCCUAUCUUUGGUAAAUUAUAACACGUAC